GCUGCGAGCCUGGUGUUGUUUUCUCCACCGCACAUUCAUUGCCAACUGUCAACCGAGGCGAAACGGCGUGAGCUGCGCGGGACCUUCUGCAUGGGAACCCACCCUGAAUGGACUACCAUAGCACCAAAAGAACCCCAAGCCCACCUUUGUAUUUCACUGAGGAAAAGAAAAACAACAGCUGUCUACAUUUGCCACUGAGGAAAGCGCGUAGGGAUGCUUUGCGCGGGUAUAGUGAGAGCUACGCGCGCGCUUAAUGGUUAGUAUUUAGACAAGUAGCUAAUUAACUAGUAAUUACGUAAGUGGUAUUUAAACCGCCAGUGUGUUUCUUGUCUGCUGCUAGUAGGCUAAAAUUAGAACAACGCGCUGCCAACGGAAGACACGGUAGUAUUUAUUCAGUAGGAGUUUUUCAUAUUUCAUCAACGCGCCUUGGAUUUCAGUCGUUGUCACAAAGCAAGUGUGGAGCCGAGGAAGAGGUCAGAACAAUUCAAGACAGACCUGACUGGAAGAGAGAGAUGACCCUAGUUUUGUCCAUGAAUCCUUUCCUGGACCCAGAGGGAGACCCUCCGCUCUCCCCAUACCAGCCCAUAUGGGAAUCGGAGCGUUGCACAAAGACCUGCCUGUCGAACCCUGCCCCGCCAUGCAGCUCUGAAGAGCAAUUUACACAAGAACCCCCCUACAGGCGAGUUCCUGAUCAUGUUUCAGUAUCGAGGAUCGCAUACUUCAAGAGGAAGUUUGUUGACGAUGAUGAGGAGCCUUCCUUCAGUUUCAGGACGUACUGCCAGACGGUUGCUCCGGUUUUGGAGGAGCGUGCACAUGUGCUGCGCCUCUCCCUGGAGAAGAUGCGAUUUAUCGACGACCCUGAGGCUUUUCUCCGACGCUCCGUCCUUGUUAACAACCUCCUCCGGCGCCUGCGAGCGGAGAUCCUUCUCCAGAGCACUGACUGGUGCUUCCCACCCAACCCAGCUUUUACCACGGGCCCCUGCAUCCCAUCACCCAGUACUAACUCCGGUCACCAGACACUCCACGGAGCAGUACCCGCCCGGAUCUGCUUAACGCCACAAGCCGGACCGCCCCUCCGUAAGCGCUUCCGAAUGGUUCGUGGAGGACAGGGGGAUCUACGCCCUGACUGUUCCCAGGCAUGCUGCUGCAUCUACGCAGCGGCAGCCGCUGCAGGACACUACCUCCACCUCCCGUUCUCCAUGUAUGAUGCAGCACUCUCAACCUGCCCGUCCACAUCACACGCCUCUUCCUUUUUUCAGCUAGCUAGUCAUAGUAAGUUAGGGCUGACAGUGGCCAUAGAAGGACAUGAUGAUGAGGAUGAAGAUGUUGAGGAAGAGGAGGAAAAUGAAGAAGAAGAGAGGGAAGAGGAGGAGGAGGAGGAGGAGGAGGAAGAGGAGGAUGAAGAAGAAGAUGAUGAAAGAAGACAUGCUGGGCCUUCCCUUGGUGUUGCUAAGGACAAGUCCAGCCAGAAAAGUAGGACUAGGACCUUGCUGGGUCAUGCACAUACAAGGACAGGAGAGGACAGCUGCAUGACAGAUAGGGUAGAAGAGGAGGAGGAGGGAGAAGAGGAGGAAGAGGAGCCGGUUGUGAGACCUCGUCAGUGGGACUCUACUGCUACAGAAAGGGAGCUCCACAAGGUCAGCUUUUGGCACCGCAGGGCUCACAGACAAUAAAAAUGACUUCCAACUCUUAACUCUGUUUAAAUGAAAAUGUAAUGAUGACGACAACUGUCAUCAGUUGAAGAUUAUUUCUCCUCAUAGCAGAUGAAGGUGUGAGCUACCUACACUAUAGUAAUGACAAGUCAGCUUUAUUUUAAUGGUCUAAUAUACUCCAAGGUGGCACACAGACAAACUCCAUUUAACUCUAUUGCUCGUGUUAUGGUUAAAAUAAAAAAAUACAGUUCUGGGCCACUGAUGGCACUGGGGGAAAAAAUUAAAAAGGCUAAGGUCAAAUAUGGUGGGAUCUUAAGUGAAGUGAAGCUUGCUAUUGCACUGUCUCCAAGACCAUUUCCAAGCCCCACAGCACAAAACUAAAGGUCUCAAAUGGGGCUUUAUAUUGGUGCAGCGGUCUCGUUUUAGGACCCUAAACAAGCCUAUGAAAUAAAGGCUGGUAGAUUUAGGAGUGUGUGCUUCUGUGCAUAUAUAUGUGUGUGUGUGUGUGUGUGUGUGUGUUUGCAAGAUAUGAUGUAGCAUUUAAAAACUUGAUUUUAAGUUCUUUUUUUUAAACUUAGGUUACACGUAAUUACGUGUGCCUGUUGAUUUUGACGCUGUCUCAGGCAAUGGCAAUGCUGCAGUGGCAGCACAAUGUGUAUUCCUAACCUAUUUUAAGAGACAACAAUCAUAAACAUUGGAAAUGGUUAAUCGCAAUUUUCAAGUGCCUUAGUGUUUUUAUAGAUACAUGUAUAUUGUGUGUUAAUGUAAUUGUUCUUGUUACUAGUAGAAAUCUUGCAUUCCAAGUGACUGCAUUUGACUAAAACAGGACAGGCAUGUAAUUAAAUGCUGGGUUUCUAUCAAAUGUCUAUGAAAUUUCAAAGCAAACUAAAUUCUGUUUGCCUUUACUUCAAAAUGCAUGUUUUCUAGAACUACCUGUCUUGACAAUGCCCAAACUUAAAGUCAACUUUCAUGGACAGUUGCUAAAUCCUUGAGAAGCUAUGUGUGUUCAAAGUCUCAUUUACAUUAGCUAGAUUCAACCAGAAAAGGCUCGUUGUGGUUUGGUUGGUCUGUCCGUUUAUGGGGUUCUACCAAAAGUAGUUUGAAUCCAAAAAACAAUCAAAGGGAUCUCACCUCUACAGCUCACUAAUUAACACGUUAUGUCUCUUCCUGGUGUCUCUACUGGUUGCUCAGCAACCAGGAUGUUCCUGUUGCCCGGCCAAGAAAUAGUAAAACCACAAUGUGUCAUUUUUACGCUUUGGGUGUAAAUGUGACACACUGUGGUUCGGAUUUGACAAACAAGAUAUAACGUGUUGAUUAGUGAGCUUUAGAGGCGGUGGCAGGCAGAUGUUUUUUACCUUUGGACAAGCCUCUGCCAGAUGUUUCCUCCUGUUUUCAAGCAAACUGGCUGCGGACCGUGAUAGUGAUGUCUUUUCAAUCAAGGAUGGAUACAACACAAAACCACUUCUAAUCUAGGUAUAUGAGCAUUUCUUUCAUGACGGCAUGAUCAGUGGUUUCUUGUUUGUUGCUGUGUGAAGAUUAGGGUCCUCACACUGAUGGCAAACCCAAACCAAAGUUGUUAAAAAAAAUGGAACGAUUCUAUCAGUUAGUCGUGUUUUCUUUUUUUGUGAUGUACCUUGAGGUACGAGAAUUGGAUGGUCUCAGUUGGUUUGUUAGGUGGAGUGAUUCCUGCCUGGCCCCUUCUUGUUUCCUGAUGUAUAAAAUAGCAGUUUGCGUCAUCAAAGACUGUUUUGGCAUCAGUGACAUGUCUACAACUAGACCAGCCUAUUUCGUUUUCACUUCUCUAAACCCUAAAUGAUCAUCGGUGGUAUUUUUUAAAGAAGAAAAAACUUGACAAAGCAAUAUAUGUUUCUGAGACAAGAACAUGUAACUGCAUUGUCUGUAAUUAAAAACAACAAAAGAGCAAGUCUGCUCCGAUAAGUCUAUGUGAUGUUCUGUGACAAGUGUAAAGAUCAGUAAAAGAAAUGUGGAAAAAAA